GCAGCAGAGCAACCGUCCUCCGGAGCAGCUUCAGCAGCUCAUACAGCUCCUGGCAUCGCGGGGGUUUCUUUUUUUUUCUUCUCUUUUGGAGACUAACCGUUCCCCCGUUUUUUAACAAUAUUUCUUUCCAACUUCAGCUACAGUGAUAGCUAAGUUUGGAAGGGAGAAACGGGGAGAAACGUCGCUGUUUUUGUUGUUUUUGUGUCGGUCUUUUGCAGCGGUAGCCGAGGUCGACCACCCCCCUCCACCCCCCCUUUUUAUUUUUUACAUUACAAAAGACUAGACAGCGUAAAGCUAAAAAAAAAAAAAAAUCAUAAUAAGCUAAAUUCAUCUGGUUCUUUUUGCAUUUCGGAUAGCUUUAAAAUGGAAAACUCUGGACGUCAGAGGACAUGCUGUGAAUCUAUCCGAGACUUCUUCACUUCAGCUAAAUUCCUUAUUUAUAUGGGACAUGCACUGUCAACAUGGGGUGACCGAAUGUGGAACUUCGCCGUGGCAGUUUUCCUGGUAGAGCUGUAUGGAAACAGCCUGCUGCUCACCGCCGUGUACGGGCUGGUGGUGGCGGGCUCCGUGCUGCUUCUGGGGGCCAUCAUCGGGGACUGGGUGGACAGAAACCCCAGACUCAAAGUGGCUCAGACUUCGCUGCUGGUCCAGAACAGUUGCGUCAUCGUGUGCGGGAUCCUCCUGAUGGUUGUUUUCCAGUUUAAAGAAGAGCUUGUGAAGCUUUACGAUGGAUGGGUUCUGACUACCUGCUACAUUCUGGUGAUCACCAUCGCCAACAUCGCCAACCUGGCCAGCACGGCUACAUCCAUCACCAUCCAGAGGGACUGGGUGGUGGUUGUAGCCGGUCAGGACAGCAGCAAGUUGGCAGACAUGAACGCCACGGUGCGGAUUAUCGACCAGCUGACCAACAUCCUGGCUCCCAUGCUGGUGGGCCAGAUCAUGGCCUUUGGCUCCCAUUUCAUUGGCUGCGGCUUCAUCUCCGGCUGGAACCUGUGCUCCAUGUGUGUGGAGUACGCGCUGCUGUGGAAGGUCUACCAGAAGACGCCGGCGUUGGCCGCGAAAGCCGGACAAAAGGAGGAGCAGCAGGAGCUCAAACAGCUCAGCCCAACGAAAGACCCGGAGAACGGCCAGAGUCCUGAGGAGUCGUCCCAGCCGCUGAUGAAUGAAACCUCAGUGGUGACCAAGGCCGACUCUCCCAAACAGCAAGGCUGUUGCUAUCAGGUGUCUGAACCUCUUCGCACCUUGAAGGCCGGCUGGGUCGCCUACUACAACCAGAACAUCUUCUUCGCUGGCAUGUCCCUGGCUUUCCUCUACAUGACGGUUCUGGGCUUCGACUGCAUCACCACGGGCUACGCCUACACUCAGGGCCUCAACGGCUCGGUGCUCAGCCUGCUGAUGGGGGCCUCGGCUGUCUCGGGCAUCUGCGGCACCGUCGCCUUCACUUGGAUUCGCAAGAAAUGCGGCCUGAUCCGCACGGGCUUCAUCUCAGGCAUCGCCCAGCUCACCUGCCUUAUAAUGUGCGUCGUCUCCGUCUUCGCUCCCGGGAGCCCCUUCGACCUCACUGUCUCGCCCUUCAAGGACCUUUACACCCACCUGAUCGGAGAGAAGACGCUGCCCGAGGCUGACCACAGCCUCACUAGCUUUCUUACCGGCGGCAACGCUACAACUACUCCUGCACCGGCUGAAGAGCAGCCACCUCUGCAGUCCUACCUGUCUGUUAGUCUGCUGUUCGCUGGCGUCAUUGCUGCUAGAAUUGGUCUGUGGUCUUUUGACCUGACAGUGACGCAGCUCAUCCAGGAGAAUGUGAUUGAGUCGGAGCGAGGUGUGAUCAACGGCGUCCAGAACUCCAUGAAUUACCUCUUAGACCUGCUGCACUUCAUCAUGGUGAUUCUGGCUCCUAACCCAGAGGCCUUCGGGCUGCUGGUCAUCAUCUCUGUCUCCUUCGUGGCCAUGGGUCACAUCAUGUACUUUCGGUUUGCCUUCAAGAGCCUGGGCAGCCGCCUCUUCCUUUGCUUCUCGCCGGAGCAGAAGGUGGAGACGGACAGCCCCUCACUUCCUACCACCGUCUAACCCCAUUAAAGAGACUCUGUCCUGGGUACAUAUUUCUCAAGCCUUA